GCGGCGGGCGGGCGGGCGGGGAAGGAAGGGCCGGGCGACCCCGGGGCGCGUCUGUCCGGGGCGCGGCCCUCGCCACCGAGGCUCUCCGCUUGCAGGCGCGGGGCCGCGUCCGCGCUCCGCUCCCGGGCCGCCCGCGGGGGCUCCCUUCCCGGUCACGUCCUCCCUUCGGUGGGCUCACGGCCCCCUCCCCGGGGUCACGGCCUCCCCCGCAGCCCCGAGGCCGCUGACGCGCGCCGCGCCGGCCGGGGUGGCGGCUUCCCGCCCGGGGAGCCCCGAGGCCGGCGGCUCCUCCCCCCGAGCCUGCGGGCCGGGCCCGAGCCCUCGGCGCCCGCGCGGCCCUCCCGGCGGCCGCCGCCCGCCAGCCCCGGGCCGCGCGGGUCGGCGGUGAGGCGCGCGGCGCGGGCGCGAUGGCGGCCGGCGCGCUGCUGGAGGCCGGCCUGGCGCGCGCGCUCUUCUACCCGACGCUGCUGUACACGCUCUUCCGCGGGAAGGUGCCGGGCCCGGCGCGCCGCGACUGGUACCACCGCAUCGACCGCACGGUGCUGCUGGGCGCGCUGCCGCUGCGCAGCAUGACGCGCCGGCUGGUGCAGGACGAGAACGUGCGCGGCGUGAUCACCAUGAACGAGGAGUACGAGACGCGGUUCCUGUGCAACUCCGCGCAGGAGUGGAAGAAAGUAGGAGUUGAGCAGCUGCGGCUCAGCACGAUAGACAUGACUGGAGUCCCAACCUUGGCUAACCUCCAGAAAGGAGUCCAGUUUGCUCUCAAGUACCAGUCACUAGGCCAGUCUGUCUACGUGCAUUGCAAGGCUGGGCGUUCCAGAAGUGCCACCAUGGUGGCUGCGUAUCUGAUUCAGGUGUACAACUGGACUCCAGAGGAGGCCGUAAGAGCCAUCACCAAGAUCCGGUCACACAUCUACAUCAGACCUGGCCAGCUGGACGUUCUCAAAGAUUUCCACAAAGUGAUCACUGCAGGGGCGGCGAAGAAUGAGGCUGAUCACACAUCACAGACGUGAAGUACAUGGAUUAGAAAGAACGCAAGACAACCCUGCUUGCUACGGAAUGAAGACGUUUCACAGGACCAAAGGGGCUUAAGCUCAAACUUGACAUAAUAGAAAUCUGCUCAGUAGUGGUUAAUUUCGCUCCCUUUUGUCUUGUUUCAUUUUCCUGAAAUAACACUGUUGUGUGGCUAG